ACUUCAUCAAAUGGGUGUGGGGUGAACUGCGCAUGUGCAUGACCGAGCUCUUUCGGAAGCAAAGUCGAGCUUAACCAGGGGGUGCACAUCAAAAACCGAAAAUAAAAGAGUCAUGUCAGGAUUUCUGGACGGGAUCCGGUGCGGAGACUGUGAGUGCAAUGUGGACUGGGGUGAAAGAAGAAACACCAUCGCAUCUAUAGCUGCUGGAGUCCUGUUCUUCACCGGUUGGUGGAUCAUCAUCGAUGCAGCAGUGAAAUAUCCUGAUGAGGGACAGUUUCAUCACGCUUAUCACACUUGUGGAGUCAUUGCCACGGUGGCUUUUCUCAUGAUAAAUGCUGUGUCAAAUGGCCAAGUGAGAGGAGACAGCUACAGCGAAGGCUGCAUGGGACAGACAGGCGCUCGUGUCUGGCUCUUCAUUGGCUUCAUGCUGGCUUUUGGCUCCCUCAUUGCCUCCAUGUGGAUUCUGUUUGGAGGAUUUGUAGUGCCUCAGAAGCCUGUUGUGUACCCUGGUAUUGCCAUUUUCUUCCAAAAUGCAUUCAUCUUCUUCGGGGGUUUGGUCUUCAAGUUCGGACGUACAGAAGAUCUGUGGCAGUAAUGGACUCUGUGUGUCUGUUUGUCCACUGUUAAACACUCUGCUUUCUAUAUUGUAUGAGACAAUAUGCUUUAGUGGUUAUCCACUUUAUAUAGAGACUUUUUUAGCUUUCAGAUUAACACAUUUAAUUUAUGUUGUUUGCUGUAUAAAAAGGCUAAAUCAUAUCUAAGCACAAAUUUUCACAGAUUCCUUGAAAGUUUGAAUAUUUUCAAAAGUGGCACCUCUUUUAAGUGUCUGUUUGCACUCAGACUGCAUAGCCAUGUUGGUAUAAUGGUUUACAACUUGUGUAUAACAAAAUGUGUAUUUUGGGAGCUAUACUUCCCUGAACUGUCCACAUCUCUUUUGGGUAUACUGACUUCUAUGACAUCCUUUAAUUUGACAUUUAUUUGUCUGUAGAGUGGAAAUAUCAAAUUAUCAUGGUACAAAAUAUCAUUGAGAGAAAUGCAUAUUUCACAUUACUGUACACACACAUAUUUACUGAAUGUAAUCAUGUGGGACUGUUUGUAUUCCUCUGAAAUAACACUACAUCAGGUUUAAAAUGUUGCAGUGAUCCGGAUUUAUUGUUAAAGGUUAAUUAGCUUACACUGCUGACCUAAAAUCAACAAAGGUUUCACAACUGCAGGGUGUUAUUUAUGUACUGGAGAUGUGUUUGACUGCAACACAUCAAUUUGCUCGUGUAACAUCCAUGGCAGCAUUAAACAGAAACAAACGGAGCAGUAAAUGAGUCUUAUAUUCCUCCACAUCUCAACCUUGCUUUUUGUCCCAGUCUUGCACACAUAAAAACAUCUAAUAACUACUUUGCAUAUACAUGAUAUAAAUGUAUCGUAUGGAAUGUAAUAUGUUGUAUGAAAUUAUAUACACUGACAUGAAUGAAUGCAAAAAAAGGUUUGUACUUCCAGGA